GCUUCACACGGAACUCUUUCCGGUCGGACCAAGUGAGCGGAAGUUGUGUGCCUUGCUUGCGGAGGUCAUCUGGACUCGUACUGCAGCCGAAAAACCAUUAUUUAGCAGGAGGAUCAGCGGCUGAACAUCGCACCGUCAUGGUGAAGAAAAAGCGACUUCGCCUCAUCGCAGAGAUGGCUCGGAAGAUCCGGGCGUACCGAGAGCUCAAGUCCCGGCCGAAGGAGUCCCAGAAGUACGCCCUGGACUACGAGACCAUGAAGCGGCCUCUCACGGGGAAGAUGCUGCCCGUGCUGGCGUGGCAGGACGUCCGCAAGGAGAGCCGCCUCUUCUCCCUGCUGGCGAGCAUGAGGAUGUUCGGAGUGGGUCGUAUGAUAUUUAUUUUCUAGAACAUGGAUCAUGGCAAAGCCUGGGGGGUCCUCACCUACAAGGGUAGACAGGAGAACGAGGCCAAGGAGGUGGACAAGGUGAUGUACCACGACUGGCGUCUGAUCCCCAAACACAUGGAGCAGCAGUUUAAGGACUUUGAGCCGCUCCCUGAGCCGCCUGUGCGUUACGUCGCGUUCCCUCCUCUGCUCCGCGCCAUGAUGCUCGCCCAGCACAAGAAAGAGAGAGGCAGCGUGGUGAGCAAGGAGCCCGCGCUGCCGCUAAAGAGGGACGUCGUGCUCAACAAAGACUAUUUCCAGAGGCAGGAACAGGAUGGGCAGAGCUCACAGGGGACGGCAGUCUGAAGACAAAGGGUCCCUCAUUCUGGACUAUUUGGACCAAACACACUGCAGACCCUCACCUUAAAGUCCUGCAAAAACCUCGACUCCUAAUGCUGUUCAUCCAAAGCAGGCCUCUCUUGGUGUCAUAUGUUUGAUGUUGUUCAUAUUAAAUCUGAGUUUAAACACA